AUGUCGUCGUAUCCGUAUGCAGUAUUUCCGGAGGACAUUGAAACCUUCGUCGUGAGCCUUCGGCCGUUUGAAGUGGCAGACAUUGGAAGUGCAGGCUGGAUAGACCAGCACAAUGUUCUGUUGAAACUUUGCCAGCAGGCCUUCAUAGAGGCGUCUACGAAGCAGGAGGAAGUGGUCAAGGAGCGCCUAAUAAUGGAGGACAAACUGGCAGUGCUGGUACGCGAAGUAUUCAGUGUAGUUGUCUGGCGGGAACAUAUUCUUCCGUUGCUGCUGGCCCUAAAAGAGCCCGACACAACCUUCGUCCUGUACAGCGUACUGUACCACGAAGCAAAUGUUGCUUCGAUGCUUGAAAUCAUCCUCUACCACAAAGAUACGGUCGAGGCACUUGGCAGCGUGACACUCGAUUUGGUGGACUACUGUGCCGGAGCCAUUGGACGGUUGAUUGGAUUGAUGGCCAACGGAUAUAACGACCGCGAAGAUGAUCCACCACCGGAGGAGUUGCUGAACGAAUCGACCAGGGAGGAAGUGGUGCGGAUGCAGCGUGGCAUGGAAUUCCGCAUCGGAAUGAAAUGCCUCAACAUUGCUUCGUACUUACUCUCAAAUUUGGACGGUUUACCACUGAGUGUGCCAACGCGACUUGUCCGGGUACACGAUUUUCCCUGUCUACUGGCGGAAGUUCUCCAUUCCAAACCAUGGUUACGCCGUAACAAGAAAGGAGAAUUCGAAAAGUACCUCGACGACGUUUGGAGGCCGGUGCAUGGUGAAGAAGUUUUGAAAGUAAGCAAAACUGAAGCCCAAACCUGGUUUGGUCUGCACAAGCUCGUCUUCAAUCGUGAGUUAAUGCAUGGCUACGAAAUGAACGCUUAUAGACAGGGUGUGAUCAGCAAAUGUGUCGGUUUACUGAAUGAACACGUUCUCGACCAACUGCCACCGUUGGCAGUGCUUAAGCAACAACUGUGUUCGCUACAAGUAACCCGAGAUACCCGGACAACAGGUUCGCCUGGAGUUUUGCUGCUCGAAGAGCUUCCCGAAGUGUACGAAACCCUACGUCGCCACAUGCAACGUGAUGGAAUCGACGUGAUCGUAGAGAAACAUCGCACAAUAUUCGUCGACCUAGAACCAACUGAUAUAGCAAAAAUGGCGAGCAAACUGAAUUCCGCCUACAGCUUGGAUCGCCUCGAAAGCCAUCUUUCCGACGUGACCGAACCGAAACAGGAGCGAGCUGAGAAAGCGUGUGGAGCGUGUGGAUGUCGCGCGAAGAAGAAGUGCUCUAAAUGUUUGAACGUUUUCUACUGCUCACGCGAGUGUCAGGUGCGUGACUGGCCGGACCACAAAGAACUUUGUCAUCAACUGAAACUGAACUAA